AUGAAGACAAGUCACCAACACAAGCGGCCCUAUCUGAUUACAGAAACUUUUGAUUUCCCGAACUUGCCUAUUGAUUUGUGCUCUAAAUCUCUUUGAGAGCUGUGGCCAAGCAAGAACCAAUUUUUUUGCAAAGGCAAAAUCAUGAUUGGCUCUUCACAAGAUAACUUGCCUUUUAUUCUCACCUUAACCUUACUUACUAUAGUCCCUAUCAGCUUUUUUGUAUUUAUUUGUAGAUAUCUAUGAUAUAAUGUCACAAUAUCAAUCCCUAUUCUUUCAGGAAUUUUCUAUUUUGGAAGCAUAGUAUUUUUCUUACUUACAUCUUUUUCAGACCCAGGAAUUAUCCCAAGGAAAAAAGUUUUUCAAGCCCUCGGCGACGUCCCCAAAGAAUUCACCGCCGAAGUGUUUUUCACUGAGUUUGGGCACCUUCACAAGUUUUGUGCCACUUGUGAAAUAUACCGUCCGCCUCGCUCUCAUCAUUGUGCGAAAUGCGAUAACUGUGUAGAGGUGUUUGACCAUCACUGUCCAUAUGUAAAUAACUGUAUUGGCUUGCGAAAUUAUAUAUAUUUCAUGAUGUUUGUGAUGAAUUUGCUAUUUUUGGGGAUGAUCGAUAUAUCAGGAUUUAUGAUUUUUUUAUUCUAUAACGCAGGGGAUGGUAAUUUUGAAUAUAAUAAGCGGUCACUAAUAGAACAAAAAGAAGUGAUUGCUACAAUUGUCGCAAUUUUGACUAUAAUUUCGUUUGCUUUUACUCUCUUUGUAGGCAUUUUGUGCCUUUUUCAUUGCUCUCUGUGUGCUUCCGGUGAAACCACAAAAGAGAGGCUCAAAGGAGAAGCAUCAGCCAAAAAAUGCGGAUUCUGCAGGUAUAAGAAAAGCUGGUUUAACAAAAGGAUGAAGCUAAAUGACGCACAAAUAAAAAUUUUGAUGGCAAAAAGUACGACUACUUUUGAAAUAGAGCUAAAUGAUAGCAGUAAAUCUCCUAUUGAUAUAAUUUAA